GGGAUUAAAGAAAAGCCCUUUAAGUGUUUUUUCUUCUUCUUUAGCUACUGGGCUACUUUCAUUCCGAUUGACAAGGGCCAGAAGCGCUGCCAAUCAACUAGGCAGCCCGCCUCCUUUGGCUAGGAGUGGCUCAUAGGAAGGGGACUAUCGCACUACUGCAGGGUUUCUGUGACAGUUGCGUGGCCUGGGACACCUUCGUCCGGGGAUGAGCGAAGGGCCUCUCCUGUCAGCCUUCAGGCUUUUCCUCCGGGAAUCAGAAAUGGAUUCCCUGUCUGCAGUUCCUUCACUUGUCUCCCUGGCAAUAUCGCCCCUCUUUCUCCUUCCUCCACCCCUCUUUUCUGCCUGAUGGUACGCGCCACCCGUGCUCGGGUCAAAGUUUUCCGGCGGGGAAACGCUGCCAUUGCUACCUCGUCCGGCCAAGAGCGGGGCAUCGUGGCGUCACGGUCGGAGGCUGCAUGGCGUUGCCAGGUGGAAAUAAAGAUAACAUCAGAGCAGGGUGCAAGAAAUGUGGCUAUCCUGGUCACCUGACAUUUGAAUGCCGAAACUUUCUUCGGGUGGACCCUAAAAGAGACAUAGUUUUAGAUGUCAGCAGCACAAGCAGUGAGGACAGCGAAGAAGAGGAGCUGGGAAAGCUGCAGGCCAUUCCAGAAAAAAAGGGAACUUCUGCGGAAGAAGAAAAGAAAAAGACCAAAAAGAAAGGCAAAGAGAAAUCAAAAUUAAAGAAAGCAAGGAAAAGGUCUUGUUCCUCAAGUGCCACAGAAGAGGAUGAGCCUAAAUCAAAAAAGCAGAAAUCCCACAAAAAGGAAAAGAAGGAGAAAAAGAGUAAAUCCAAGAAAAGAAAACAUCACAAAAAGGGGAAAAAGAAGAGAAAAAAGGAGAAAGAUUCUUCAUCUUCUGAUAGCUCAGACUCUUCCAGUAGUGACUGAGGACCAAACCUAGGGAUGUAGUCCUGAUUAGGAGUAUAAUGAUGCCCAGUUAAAAUAUGUAUAUUUUUAUUGAAAAAGCCUGUUAUUUAUAAAUAUUUCACCUUACAAUAAA